AUGCAGUCCUCUGGGCCGGAGCAGGAUGACUCCUUUGACUUCCUCUUUAAGAUUAUCCUGGUGGGAGACUCAGACGUGGGGAAGACCUGCGUGGUCCAGAGAUUUAAGUCUGGUGUCUUCAUGGAGAAACAGCAGAAUACUAUCGGGGUGGACUUCACCGUCAGAACCAUGGUCAUCAAUGGCAGGAAGGUCAAGGUAAGGUGCAUGUGUACAUUUUCCAUUUUUCUAGGAUAAUCAAUGAUAAGUACAGGACAUUUUGUCUUUGCUUCGUCAGUGUUUAAGUUGUGUCAAUAGGCCUAGCUAUCUCAACUGUCUUUACACUGUGUGAAUCCUUCUGCCUCUGCUGUCUUCGUCGGGCAAAGAAGGAUUCAGCAUAUACUUUUUUGUCUUUUAAGGAACAAGGGUGGUCUAACUAACAUUCGAUCGCCCCGCUGCGUGAGUUUUCUGGGUGUGUCAAGUGACUACAAUUGAGUAUAUGGAUAGUAUAAGUGUUUUCCUAGGUGCAUGUUUGUCUGUGUAUUUGGAGGAGGGAAUGGAGAUAUUAUGGACUUUAAAAACAUAUCUUCCAUAAAUUAAACAAGUGACAAACCUCCCUGUACCAGUUUCUCCUCCACAGUGAUGUAUAGAAGUUUUAAAAAAAGUUUAAAAAACACAGUCCCUUCCCUGUUAAGGGUUUGCCGAAGCGACUAGGUAAAAGCAAUAUGGUGAUGUCUCCAGCUGGCUUUCUAAUGUGCUUAGGGGAACAUUCUCCAUGCUUACACCGAUCUCGUUCCACCGAAGGGUUGGGGAAAGGGCUAGGGGUGCUUUUUCAAUGGACCCUUUGUUCCUUAGCUGAGUGUGUGUGUAAGGAAUUGGUGUACUGUGCGUGUGUGUUCUCCAGCUGAAGCGUGUGUCGUCUCGUCUCCUCAGCUGCAGGUGUGGGACACAGCUGGACAGGAGCGUUUCCGCUCCAUCACCCAGAGUUAUUACCGUAGUGCCCACGGCGCCAUAGUGGCCUACGACAUCACACGCCGGCCAACCUUUGACUCUUUGACACACUGGAUCCAAGAAGUGGAACAGGAUGGGGCUGCUAGCGUUGUGCUCAUUCUCAUUGGUGGGUGGGAGAGACACAGGAAAAACAUGGCUUUAGAUAAACUCUGUUAUAAAGCCUACUGAACAGUUAUGACAUAACAGAUGUGGUGCUCAUCUUCACUGGUGGGUGAGAGAAAUGUCUGACGCACACACAAAAAAAUGUAAUCUUCCAAACAAUCAACAUUCAUCAACAGAAACUAACAUAGAAAGACACAUUUCCUUCUGUAACUUCCUCUGCUCUUCUCUUCUAGGGAACAAGUCAGACCGGCAGUCGGAGAGACAAGUGCUGUUUGAGGAUGCCUGUACCCUGGCUGAGGGGAGGGGUGCGCUGGCCGCCCUGGAGACCUCGGCCAAGGACGCCCAGAAUGUGGAGGCAGCCUUCCUGCUCAUGGCCCGGGAGCUGAUGGUGAGGAAUGGCCUCGCUGUCACAGACCAACACUCACAGGCCUCCCCACACUUCUCCUCAAACUCCCAUCCAAUCCAUGGCUCCGAUCCUACAGACAGGAAAUCAUGUUGUUGA